AUGGGCCGAAUCAUGCCACUCGAGCGGUUACCCUCCAGAAGUAACCGUACACCUCUGCCCCGUAGACUGCCCCAAGCUCGGACUGUCGCAAGGAGGCAUCCACGGCCUCACGGUCGUUCGAGAGGACGCAGCUGCACCAUGGGCAUUGAACAUCGACAGUCUUCCCAAAGAGACCCCACACGGAGUAGGAACCCUCGAAAAAGAGCUCGCCGAUCUAGCUCAAGGCCCAAGCCACAUGAACAAACUCCCAAAAGAGAAGAGCCCAGAGCGCACCAAGAGAGAAGAUCAGAUGUUACGCAAGACGGGGAGUCAAUCUUACAAAGGAGGCCCGCUGGAUGCUUCAAAGACAGUCAGAAGUAUUCUAUGCCGGCGUUCCAAGACGAAGAAGAAGAAACGCAAGAAGAAGAGCAAGAGGAGGGACAAAAGGAGCAACAGCAGCAACAACAGCAUGAACACUGGAAGCGAGAGCAGCUCAAGCAGCGUUUCAAUCGACUCACAAGACAGCGGGCACCCAUUUCGAGAAGGGCACAGAGUGCGCCAAGUGGCCCGCAAGUACCCAGGUCUACUAACCCGGCAAGCCCUGGACGAGAUGAGCCGAAUUUUGGUACAGUAUGGUGCAGAGGACGAAGUCAAGAUUUUGCCACUGUUCCAGAAAUACACCCGUCAGCACAUUUUGGGGUUGGGGGCGAAUGCCGGCCAGAAGCGCGAGCUAUUGACUUUGGCCACCGUCGCGGACAAGCUGAUUGCCAGAGACAUCUUGGGGGGAUUGGAUGUUGUGACUCAGAGGGUCAAAGCCAUAGAACUCGUAGUGGGAGGCGCAACAUGGCCGGUGGCUCAAAAUUUGGAGCUUAUUCCCAUGGAUCAAGAAAGAUUGGCCGGAGUGGCCGAAGCACAGGGGGCAACGAGAGAAUUCCGGAACGAGAACAAGGUCAGACGGGACAUGGGGAAAGGCAAAGGUUGGGGGGAGCGCGACGGCAAAGGCAAGUGGAGCGAGAAGGGGAAGAAAGGAGAUGGAAAGAAAGGGGCCGGGAAGUGGGAACGUCCAUCGGCCCCGAAAGUCGAGCCGACGAAGCCCUCCCAUUGAAUGGGGGGCAAGCCGGGGCCCAAUGUGGGGCCUCACUUCCAUGCCAUAUGUCUCCGCUGGCAGGCGCUUCAACUGGGAUUCCGCAGGAGACACUUCCGCCUCCAAGGCAGGAUUCCUGCGCAAGUGUGAGCGAUGUUCACAUGCCAUGCAAGUCUGGUGAUCUUGGGGAGUUGCUGUUAGCGUUUAUUCUGGGCAGUGAUGAUUGUGGGUUUUCGGAGCUGGUUGCAUCAUCUUGCGGAGCAGAGGAGGAGACGACGGCGGAGGGGACCCUUCGGAGAAAGAGAGAUGUGUUCCCUCUGCCCCUGCCCAGAAAGAGCGAAAUAGCAAGAUUCAGACUGGAGAGGAGUAAUCACAAAGUGUGGCUAUAUGUUGUGGUGUCAGCUCUCAAUUAUCUCCAUGGCGGGAGAUAUGCGGGCGUUUGUGUUGGCCCUCCUACCGCAGUGCAGAGCCAAAUUCUGGAAUACUUAGAGGAUCGAGUCCACGUUUUUCUCAAGCAUGAGUUCUGUGUGGAGGAGUUUCAUUGGCCCAGGUUCUUGCAAACUCGAACAUUGAGUUAUGGAGGUGAGGAAGUCCGCACAGCUCAGUGGACUACAUGGGCUAACUUGAAGCCUGCUUUGCCUUACGGUGCCAUCGGCAAGAUCCCCGCAAUUGAGUUGGCGGAGGGUGGAGUGCUUGAUGCGCUUCAGCAUCCUGACAGAUACUUGCGCCCGGGUUGGAACGAUCAUGAGGUCAGGAGUUCAAGGGUUAUGGUGGAUGAGCAUGAGUGGCCUGAAUUAGCACGCGGCCUUGUUGAGUACAACCUGGUGUCGAUUAUUCCAGAAAGUGCAGUGGCAAAGGCAGGUGGACGCAUGAUUCAAAACGGGCUUUUUGGUAUUGAAAAGGGGGAGGUCCAUGACGGCGUGGAGGUACAUCGAUUGAUUAUGAAUUUGGUUCCUUUCAAUUCUGUUUGCCUCAGUGUGGAGGGCGAUGUUGGGACACUCCCGUUGAUGCAUCAAAUGAAUGCGUUGCAGUUGCAUCCCCAUGAAGAAAUGGUCAUUUCCAGUGAAGAUGUCCGAUGCUUUUUCUACGUGUUCUCCUUGCCUCCCUCCUGGCUUCCUUACUUGACAUUCUCCCGUCCAGUGCCCUCGGAUUUGGUACCACCUGGAGUAACCGAGCGAUGUUAUCUCUCUGCCAAGGUCCUCCCCAUGGGCUUCUUGAAUAGUGUCGGCAUCGCGCAACAUUUACAUCGAAACUUCCUGAGGAAGGUUCAAGGUUCGCCUUCGAGGUUGCUCGGCUUCUCCGAGUUGCGCAAAGAUCGGGCUUUCACCCUGGCAAAUCCCACUUGGAGAGUCUAUCUUGACAAUUUGGACGUGCUUGAGAAAGUAUCCCCGGCAGCGAUCCCACUUCUCGAGGGUCAGGUAUCGGCAGAGGUCUCCCCAUUGAUUGCUGCAUAUCAAGCGUCGGGUAUCCCCCUGAAUCCAAAGAAAUCUGUCCACCAGAAGCAGAUGGCUGAGAUGCAAGGGGCGGAUUUAGAUGGUUCUGUGGGGAUGGGACGUCCAAAAGGCGACAAACUGGCCAAAUAUGUCAGCGCUGCACUUUCGUUACUGAAGAAGGGUAGCUGUACUCAGAAGGCAAUUCGCAUUGUGGCUGGUGGUUUUGUUUAUUUCGGAAUGUUCAGAAGGGCAUUGAUGUCUUCUUUGAACUACAUCUGGCAGUUUAUCCAAUCCUUCGAUGAGAGCAAGAUCGGAUUUCAGCAGAUUCCCGGAGCCGUCAAAUCUGAGCUUCUGAUGUUCAUCAGCCUGCUUCCUCUCGCUCAUUUCGACUUCCGAUCGUCAGUUUCAGGGCUUGUGACCGCCAGUGAUGCCUCCAUGCUGGGGGGUGGAGUCUGCGCCUCCGAAGCGGUGUCGACCUAUGGUGCUACCGUGGCUUCCUUACCUUUCCGAGGGGAAUCUUCUCUGGACAUUCCAGAAAAGGGGAUCGUGUGUGUUGGGCUAUUUGACGGCAUAUCUGGCCUUCGAGUCGCCUUGGAAGCAGUACGAGCUCAGGUUUGUUUGCACAUUUCCGUCGAGUCGGAUGUUCACGCCCGUCGAGUUGUGGAAACAGCCUUUCCGAAAGUCCAUUUCUUAGAUGAGGUGGAGCAGAUCACUCCACAGAAGUGCCGUGAAUGGGCUGGAAGGGCGACCAACGCAAGGCUUGUGUUAGUUGGAGCUGGACCCCCACGCGGGCCUUUGCAUAAGCUUGUAUUGCCGGUGGUUGAGAUGUUGAAGGAAGCUUUCCCUUGGGCUGCAGUUCAUUUUCUUCAAGAGAGCGUCUUCAGCAUGAGUCCCGAUGACCGUUCGGCGCUAACCUUGCAAGCUGGAGUCCUUCCUUACAUGAUUCCCGCCUCGGGCAUUUCACCUUGUCGCCGUGAUCGUCUUUACUGGUUUGACUGGGGGUUGACAGGAUCAGACCAAGUACGACUGUACCCUCCUUCGAACUCUCACUCAUCCAGCUACGGGGAGGUGCACUUCCAUGUUGAGUUGGAUGCCAAAGGUGUGUUGGAACCAGGGUGGCAAUUUCAUCACAGCACUGACAAGUUUCAUACCUUCACCUCUGCGCAGUCCUCUGACCAGCCUAGGGUGAAACCUGCGGGCCUAGAACGUUGCAAUUCCGAGGAGUUGGCCCGAUGGACGGCCGACCGCCAUCGCUUCCCGCCCUACCAAUAUCAAGACCGCAAUCUUCUCUGGCACACGAAGCAUCCCCCAAGGCCAGCUUCCGCUUCCGAACGCGAACGAGCCAUGGGGUACCCAGUCGGCUAUACCCUCAACAGUAUGCCGAAAGGAGAAGCCAAACAAAACAAAACCGUUCAUGACAAUAUUCGCUUAUCCCUCCUAGGGAAUUCGUGGAACGUUGCUGUUAUUGGGUUUCUCUUGAUUCAUGUGCUGGCUCCGCUGGAGUUGUGUUUGGUUCGGACGCUGGAUGCCCUCCUGGCGACCCUGUACCGUGACCUACCUCUUCAAGGGGAUUGCCUACUUUCGUGGCACAGUCUGGGACGGGUUUACCGAAGUGAUUCUCCGUGUGCUGAGGCGUUGGCACAAAAGCUCAUGACGCUGAUGUCUGCUAAAGGGGAGGACGUAAUGUUGCAAAUCUCUGCCGAUGCCAGGGUCCAGCAAAAAUAUCGCAACAGUAUCCCUGCUGGGCUUUGGGUGUGGCAGGAGAUAUGCGGCUGGAAGUGGCCCGAUGCGCCGCACGACCACAUCAACAAGCUCGAACUACGGGCCUUGUACACCUCGUUACGGUGGCGGGUACUCCGCCGACAUGAAACUCGAAUUCGUUGUCUGCAUUUGACAGACUCUAUGGUUUGCUUGCACCUUUUACGGCGGGGGCGUUCAAGCUCCAGAAAGCUUCAAAGUCUUUUGUAUCGCGUGUCGUCUCUUCUUCUUGCUACCGGGCUCCAUCCGUUCGUCGCGUACGUUUCAACAGACACAAACCCGGCCGAUCGGCCGAGCCGGAGAGCUCGAGUCCGCAAGAAAUGGUUAAAGUGA